UUAUUAAAUUCAACAAAAUCUACCCUUCCUCUUUCCCUCCUGCGUGCGAAUGUUUUCUUCCCUUUCGAGUAUCCGAUCUCUUCUCUCCUCUCUAACCGCUCAAAUCUCCUUGCAUCUCUCGUUCUCUCGAGUCUCCAAUCCUUUCUCUUCUCUGUAAUAACUCGAGUGCCCCUGCAUCGUUCUCUGCUCGUUCGAGUGAAGCUUCAGCUCUGCGUCUUUUACUUCUUACUCGCAUGUUUUAGGGAAGGUCUGCACAUUUCGGUUCUCUGCUCGGAGUUUCUCUUCACCUCUGCCUGAUAAGCAGAAGUAAUGGUGGGACAUGAAGAUUCAGGGGCUUCCAAGAAAAAAUCUACUGAUUCUUCAAAUGAUUUACCAACCUUCAAUGCCGAGAACUUGCAAAAUAACACGAAAAUAAUCUACUAUAGUCGAACAUUUUUGUCAAUCAUUGGUGGCGUAAUUGCUGGCAUUUUGGGAUAUACUGGCUUGACUGGAUUUGUCUUCUAUUUCCUUAUCAUGGCCAUUACUUCUCUGGGACUUGCAGCAAAGGCAAAAUUCUCCAUUCAUUCAUACUUUGAUUGCUGGAAUAGACUCCUACUUGAUGGGUUUCUUGGCGGGCUUUUGGUGAUUUUCUUACCGAUGGAUGAAGCACCAGGAGGUGUUCAGAUGGAAAAUGAGGAUUUUCUCAUGGGUCAUACGUUUUGUUCUGGACUUUUGCAUAUGACAUUGUCCAUAUAUUCUGAGGGAGCAUCUGCAAUAGAAAGGAACCACACACUGUGAUGAUGAUGAUGAUUGAACCCUGUUGUUGUUACUGCCUGCCAUUAUCUGCUUUCUUUACCAGCAGUGCGGGAAGGAUGGUGCCUUCUAAGACCUUUCUGUGGUUUACUUUUCAGAGUACUUUGAUGGUUGGGAGCAGUCUGUGUACUCUCCAGAUUUUUCUUUCUUUUUAUAACUUUGGAAUUAUAUUCUGAUUAUUUCAAAAUCCACAGUAUAUUGGCUUUUCCUAA